AUGGCUGAGGAAAUUGAAGUACAGAACCAAGAAGAAACAGCAGGAAUCGACGAGGAACAAGCUACAAUCAACGAGAAACAACUUGAGGAACAUAUCAUGAAUUUAAAAGGGGAAAAACGUAGUGCAAAAUCACGUAUGACACGGUUACUAAAUAACAUGGCGGCCAUGCUAUCGAACUCGAAUACUGAACAAAAAGACGUUAAAGAAUUGUUAUUAAGAAUUGACGAACAGAAAGACGAAACAUUGCAUAUUAUGAAUCAACUCGAGGAUAUUUAUCAGCGAAGCAAAGAAUAUGAAAAUGCUAAGAAAGUGAAUGACGAAGCGGAUGCACUGGUCGAUCAAGUGGAAUAUGAAACAAGUUCAGCGCGUAUGUUUUUAACAUCGUUGGCAAAGAAACAGUGGAGUUCAAGCGCAGUGACGGUAACAAGCAGCAAAGAGUCGAACGUGGGCGAGACUUCGAAACAGAGGCAAGAUGGAGAUGAAAGGAGAAAAAAUGCGGAACUUUGGGCACGUAUGCGAAACGAGGCAGAAGUUCAAAAGAAAAGAGAAUUGUUAGAAGAACAAGAAAAGCAACUACGAACAGCCGAAGAGCAAGCAGAGAAAAAACGUCAAGAGUUAGUUGUAUUAGAGAAGGGGAAUAAUGAAGACAAUGAGAAUCAACAAAAUAGCGAACAGUCAAACACAGUAGAAAGAAUCGAGGUCAAUGAAACCCCAAUGAGAACAGCUCAGAUAUCACUUCCAGCAAACAGUAACACACCUACCAGAGGGGCGGGGGCGACUACGUCCCAAGCACAAUUGGAGAGAAUUCGGAUUCCAGUAUUUUCAGGUAACAAAAUGGAUUUUCAAAAAUGGCAUGCAGCAUUUAUAAGCUGUGUUGAUUUAACAUCCCUUUCACCAUAUUUCAAAAUGCUACGUUUGGAAGCUUGUCUUACUGGUGAAGCAGCAGAGACUAUAAAAGGAUUGGGAUAUUCAACAGAGGCGUAGAAGCAGCAAAAGCACGCCUGGUUCGCAAAUACGGUGGCAGUCGGAGACAAGUACAAUCGCAUUUGGAUGAGUUAAAGAAAUUAAGACCCCUCGAAGAGAACAAUCCAAAAGAAUUGGAAAAAUUUGCAGAUAUUUUGGAACGAGCUGUAAUUACUCUGAAAGAAAAUGGUCGCGAGUCAGAUUUGGAGAGUGGAACAUUGCGUACAAUAAUAUUGGGGGAAAUUCCGGAGCGUUUACUUGCACAGUAUUACCGUUGGGUAAAAGAAAACCACUACAAAGAUUCCUUGGAAAAAUUGAAAGAUUGGGUAGCUGAAGAAGCGGAAUAUCAAAUGCAAGCAUCUGAAAUUAAAAAUGGAAUCAAUUCGGACGGUGAAAGAAGAAAGGAGAGAAGAUAUAGGUCAUUCUUUAAUAAAGAAAGCGAUAAGAAAGAGUACGAUCCAUGUUCUGCUUGUGCAGGAAGUCAUCCAAUUUGGAAAUGUGACUCUUUCCGAAAUCAAGCUAUUGAUGAGAAAUGGAAAAUUGCGAGAAGAGUUGGGCUGUGUUACAGAUGCCUCGGGAAAGAUCAUUUGGGGAGUUCGUGUACAAGAAGUCGACAGUGUAAUAUUAAUGGUUGCAAGGAAACCCACCAUCGUUUACUCCAUGGGCAAAGAAGAGUUAAUACCAAAGGUCCUAAUCAAGAUAGCAAUGUUACGGAAAAACCUCCCAUGAAACAAAUGGUUCCAGAAAAGAAAAAUCUUCAAGAACAGGCUCUUGGCAUGGAGGGGGAUGGCAAUACACAAGCUACUACAAUGAAAACCAGCACAGCUCAUGAUACCAAGAAAAUAGCACUGCGCACGAUCCCAGUUAUUUUAAAAAGUGGAACACGUAAAGUUUAUGUAAACUGUCUGUUGGAUGAAGGAAGUGACACUACUUACAUCAACGAGGAUGUUAUAGAAGAACUAGGUUUAACCGGAGUGAAAGAAAAAAUCGAAGUCAAGGUAGCAAAUGACCAGACAAUUAGUUUUAUGUCGAACACGUUUACGAUUGGGCUGGAAAGCAUGGACGGAAGAGUAGAUACAGAAAUUGUGGCAAAAACCUCGGGAAAGAUCUGUGGGGGGAAUGAAAGCUGUUAA